CGGCUCAUUGUUUGGAAUCGAUGUGAAGCUAGUUAGGAUUCGUUGAAAAUAAUAAUCAAAAAUGCAAUAAUAGCACUUUACAGUACUUAGACGUUUUUUUUAAAUGCGUAAAAUAGUUUAACGCAAAUUGUUUUGCUAUAAAAUGCUUUAUAUAAUUCGCAUAUAUUCCGCAUGGAUUGUAAACUCACCUCAGCUUCGAUGACAUGCUAACCUUUAAGCUAUUUUAGAUGCCACUGGUGGAAAUAAAUUUGAGUUUUUAUUUCUACAAUCAAAUUUCCUCAAGUUGAUGCAAUGUUGGGAUUCUUAUCAGCAAGACAGGCCGGUGUGGAUGACCCUUUGCGACUUAGACGUGCUGAGUCAACGAGAAGAGUCCUCAGUCUGAAGCUAAAUCCCGACAGAGAGGUGGACCGGAUCCAUGGAAAUGGGAUUAAUACCAUUGACAUUGAUGCGAUUGAAGGCAGAUAUAUGUUGUCUGGAGGGGCAGAUGGAGUUAUUGUCAUCUAUGACCUGGAGAACCACAGUGGGAAACAACAGUACACCUGCCGAGCUGUCCGGACUGUUGGAAGGUCUAGUCGACAUGUCCACAAAUUCAGUGUGGAGACAGUUCAGUGGUAUCCUUAUGACACAGGAAUGUUUGUCUCUAGUUCCUUUGACAAGACCAUGAAAGUGUGGGACACAGAGACUUUAAAGCCAGCUGAAGUGUUUGAGUUUGAGGGAAAUGUCUACAGUCACCACCUGUCGCCCAUUGCCAGGAAGCACAGUCUCAUCGCAGUUGGCACCAAAAACCCUAAAAUUCAACUUUGUGACCUGAAGUCUGGUUCACGGAUCCACGUUCUUCAGGGUCACAGAGCAGAAGUGCUGGCCGUGCGGUGGUCGCCAAGAUACGAGAACAUCUUAGCAACUUCCAGUGCAGACAGCAAGGUGAACAUUUGGGAUGUGCGGCGAGCUUCAGGUAGUCUUUUCACUUUGGAUCAGCACAACGGAGAGAAGUCGAAAGCCUCGUCACAGGCAGAAAACACAGCCCAUAACGGCAGAGUGAAUGGUCUGUGUUUUACUUCUGAUGGCCUCUACCUCCUAACCACUGGCACAGAUGACCGCAUGAGGCUAUGGAAUAGCGCCACAGGGGAAAACACACUGGUGAAUUAUGGGAAGGUCUGCAAUGAGAGCCGUAAACGGCUGCAGCUCUCCGUGUCUCACGGCUGCAGCCCAGAGUUUGUGUUUGUGCCAUGCGGCAGCUCGGUGGCGGUGUACGCUCUGCACACAGGAGAACUGAUCACUAUGCUGCGGGGUCACUACAACAACGUGGACUGCUGCGAGUUUCACCCAGACUACCAGGAGCUGUACAGCGGAGGUAAAGAUGGUAACCUGCUGGCGUGGGUACCCGUCGUCCGUACCGCAGACGUGGAAGAAGAGCCCAAUGGUGAAAAUGAGAGAUUUGAGCUCAAUGGAAAAUCUCCACCCUUUUAAAGGAUAGGCUGUAGGUCUGGUUUCAAAGCUCAGGCGAGAAUACUCAAACAGGUUUUUCCUUCUUUUGAAUGCUCUCCCUCUUCAUAUUUGUCUUUACACAGGUUUUUCCAAAUCAGCUUCCAGUCUGAUUGAUUAGAAAGCAAGCCCCUAGAACACUUCACGUGUAUUUAGUACACAACGUGCCUGAAUCAGUUUGUGUAACUUACUUUGACUGAUGCUAUACAGUUUUUGUAUCCCAUAAGAACAAAAUCCAUCUGCGUUUGUUUGCCAUUUAUUCAGUGCCUAAACAGUAACUACAUUUCAACUCUAAAUAUCAACAGUAUCAACACUGCCUUUGUAGUCAUGGUUUUCCAAUAUUUUAAUAAUAAAAAAAAGUUUGUCUAAAGUAAAGCCAAUAAGAAUCUCAGUGCUUUGGAUUUAAUUCUACAGGUGUCCUAAUGUAUCUUUUAAAUGGCAUUUCAAGUUUGAUAUUACAAAUAUUAUUACAUCCAUUAUUUUCAUAUAAAUUUUUUUUAACCAUUAUUGUGUGAAGAGUUGUGAUAAAGGCAGAAAAAAGAGCCUCCUAUGAAAUUCAGAAACGUGCUGGAGUGGUUUUGUUGUUCCAGUGAAACCACAGAUGUCAUCCUGGGAAUUUAAAUUAUGUCAAGUCAACAUUAUCUGAAACUUGGCGACACUUGUUAGUUGUAAUAUAUCGCAAAUAUCCGCCGUGUUAAUGUUGUGAGUUACGUGUAUAGUUUUUUUUUUGUAAAGGCUCCAUUCAGAGAAAUCCGUCGUCUUCGCAUGUGAAGCUGAUGUAGAUAUUUAAAUUCCUCGCAGGUUGCUGCCAGCCUUUCUGCUGUGAACCCUGCCUUUCAAGACAAUUGGAGCAGCGAUGAAGAUUAAUAAGAAGGAUCGGAAUGAGCGGACGGCAGAGGCACGCCAAAUAAACUAAUUAAAAGCUAGUGUAAGGAAUUCUCUUUUUGGGUUUAUGUAAACUGUCAGAUGUUUGACAGCAGAGACGACAGCCUUCAAAACUUAUAUAAAUAUGUAAAUAUGUGUUUGUUGUUUUGUAUAGAACUAUAAUCAAUGUUAUGUUUAGAAACAUUUGAUACUAAAUUAUACAUUUUCCGUUGCUGUGAUAUUUUGAAGUGGCACCAAAGGGACCUUUUACAAGUAGAGCUCAUUUUGUAGCCGCCUCAUUUUUAAACUUUUUUUUUUUUUACAUCAAUAAAAUGUUAUUUUCAAAAGUAAUUUGA